ACUGGAAAGAAAGGUUUCUAACGACCAAAUGAGCUGAGCAAAUGGAAGAAAGAGAGUGACAGUCUCCUAGGGCGAAUAUUUGGACAAAUGUUAAAAAGACGAAGAUCAGAGUGAUCACAAUACUUUAGAAUUUAGUAUUUUAGCACGGAAUCAAAGUUAUUUAUAGGGAAUCAAACUUAAAACAGAAUUUUCUUCAAAAUAUGGUACGUCGACUUUUAUUUUGAAAAACGGUUUUGACCAGGAAGUAAAUGAAUGUCACAUGUUUUUGCGUGUAAACAUGUCUACCAACGCACCGUCCAAGAGACCAGCAGCUCCUCAGCCUGAGGAGAGAACUGACUGGAAAAAAAGAAAAGCAGAAAUUAAGGAAACCAGUAGGAAAAGGAAAGAGGCCAAGCUGAUCAAACAGCUGGAGAAGCAGAAACAGCUGGAAGCAGCACAGAGAGAAACGGCUGAAAAAAUUCAAGUCAAGAAUGGUCGGCCGUACACAGUGAGCGUCGCCCUGCCUGGUUCUGUUUUGGACAACGCUCAGUCUGCUGAGCUCCGUACAUACCUGGCUGGACAGAUCGCUCGAGCCUGUGUCGUCUUCUGCGUCGAUGAGAUCAUUGUGUUCGACGAACAGGGAGAAGAUGUAAAAAGUGUUGAGGGAGAAUUUACAGGCGUUGGGAAAAAAGGCCAAGCUUGUAUUCAACUGGCCAGAAUACUUCAGUAUCUUGAAUGUCCACAGUACCUGCGCAAAUGGUUUUUCCCAAAACAUCAAGAUUUACAGUAUGCAGGUUUGGCGACCCCUUUAGACAGUCCUCACCACAUGAGGAUAGAUGAGGAGUCUGAGUACAGAGAAGGAUUGGUCCUGGACCGACCAAGCAAACAAGGAAAAGGUUCUUUAGUCAACUGUGGGAUGAGAAAGGAUGUUCGCAUUGAUAAACAGCUGCAGUCUGGACUCCGGGUCACGGUUAAGCUCAACAAGAACCAAAAUCAAGAGAGUAAAACAUAUCACGGUGUUGUGGUGGCCCCCCAUGUGCCCAGGACUGAAGGAGGCCUGUACUGGGGCUACAGUGUCCGUCUGGCCUCAUGUCUCAGUGCAGUAUUUACAGAAGGUCCAUAUAAAGAAGGAUAUGAUCUGACCAUCGGAACAUCAGAGAGAGGAAACGACAUGGACCAAAGCUCGCUGUCACCGUUCAAGCAUCUUUUGGUCGUUUUUGGGGGUCUUCAGGGGUUGGAGGCCAGUUUGGAUGUUGAUCAAAACCUGAAUGUGACUGAUCCUAGGUUUUUAUUUGAUGUUUAUCUUAACACAUGCCCUGGUCAGGGCAGCAGGACCAUUCGUACGGAGGAAGCUAUCUUGAUUUCCAUGUCAGGGCUGAGGCAGAAGAUCACAGCUGCCUUUACAGACGUUUCUGAAGGUUCAUAAAUAGUAAGGAGACACGAGAACAGACUGUGACAGACGUUUGGUCAUCCAAUAAAUAUUAACAUUGACAUUUCCUACUUGAUACCUGUCAGAUUCACCUUCCUUGACUUGUGAUUCUGUUUACCAAAUAUUCCAAUAUUAUGUUCAUUUUUAUAUACAAACAAAUGCCCAGAUUUUUUCUGACUAAAGCAUACAGUGGAAUUCAAACAGUACAGAACACUUCAACACAGAGGUCCGUUUAAACAUAUCUGUCACAAUGUGUGCUGUCGUGAACAUAAUGGAACAAAUAAUCUCAUUGUGGUCCAGUUGUUUCUAAAAAAAACAUCGGAAAAUGUGAAGUGAUUGUGCUUUUUCUUCGACGUUGAUGUAAAAAAAAUCACAGUUUGUAAAGUGUUCAAAUUUGGGAUUUGAAUUGCUUUUGACUUUAAAUACCUGUACAUAAUUUGCUUCAUUUUGAUCAGGGAUGUCCAAAGGUUUUACUCAGUGACAGAUUAAAAAAUGUAAAAUAUCUUUUGAGAACUGAAAUUUAGGUUGCAGUUAUAAUAAACAU